AAAGAUAAUGAAAAUGAAAUCGGAAAAUUAGACUAAAUAACACAGCUUUAGUGGCAGACACAGAUUAUCUGGCUAUCAGCACGGCGAGAACACGCACCGGCAAAAGUGUCAAACGAGUGACCGCGUAGCCGGCAGUAAAACGUGGCGAAACUUCGUGCCACAGAACCUCGAAAUCCGGCCGGUGCAUCCAUGACUAAUUAUUGACCAUGCACCACGGAGCGAUCAGCCCUGUGUCGUGUAAAAUCACAAGGAAACCUGUUCCACCCUGGUUUCGGCCCGAUUCGGCCUCCAAACUCUCGGGCCGAGUGGGAGUGGGAGGAUACAUGGGCCGGAAGGAACGGUGCUGCCACGAACACGAUAGAUGGGCUGGAACUGGAUGGGCUGCGCGGUGGAUGAUGGGCUAGAAACGAGGUAUUGGGACGGAGAAGACGUGGAUUGGCUGGGAUUACACUGAAGACUAUUACGGGCACCGCCAUGUGGGCCACACGUAUCGUUGCCACGUACACGGUACACGUCCACGGUCCAAGCGCCACGUAGGAUUCGAGAAGCGAUGCAUCGAACUGAAGCGAGAAGCGCGGAAAUAUUCUAGAGCCCACGAGAGCGCGAAACGAACCUUCUCCAACUUUCCCUUUCCCUCCUCCUAAAUUUUCGCCGCCUCCUCUUCCCUCCCCUCCCCUCUCGCCAUUGCCGCAUCAGCCAUCAUCGCGAACCACACGAGCUCUCGACGAAAUCAUCAACCACCACAUCGCUACUGGAUCAGUUGGGGUCUGUCUCUUGGAGACGGGGAGUUUGAGCAGCAGGAGUUGAGAUGGCGAUGGACGCGGCGCCGGCGCUGAAGAGGAAAGACGCGGACCCGCCGGAGCUGUGGAUGGGCGGCGGCGCCGCCGCCGCCGCUUCCGGGUUCCCGGUUUCCUCCCGCGCCACGAAGAUCCGCCGCCUCGACGCGGAGGUGCCGCCCGUUGUGCCCGGCGUGUGCGUGCCGCCGGCGCCGCCGACGCAGCAGCAGCCGGUGGCGGGAUUGGGGGCGGGCGACGUGCGGGUGUUCGGCGAUCAGGUGCCAGUGGGCAUGGCGCCCGCGGCGGCGGCGGCGGCGGCGGCGAAGAGGAAAGGCGAGGACGCGCCGGAGCUGUGGCUGGACGACGGCGGCGCAGCCUCCGGAUUCCCGGUCUCCUCCCGCGCCACCAAAAUCCGCCGUCUCGACGCGGAUGUGCCGCCGCCCGUUGUGCCCGAGCUGUGCGCGCCGCCGCCGCCGCCGCAGCCGGUGGCGGAGGUGCAGAUGCGCGGCGAGGAGGUUCCGGUGAUCGCCGUGCCGGCGCCGAACGAGGAGAGGGCGAUCGUGCUGUACAAGCCAGACGACGCCGCCCGCAACCUCCUCCUCGGCCCACUCCGCCCGGAAUUCCCUCUCCGCGUCAGCCCCGAUUGGAUCCACGGCCUCAAGAGCACCGCGCUGCGAGAGGCGAGCGAACACCGUGCUCUGUUCGAGGAGCUAGCCAUGGACGAGACCUCCAACCUGGCCAUGGUACCAUGGGUUCCCGUGCCCUCAAACUCCCAGGAAGCCUCCACGUCGGCCGCCGCGACGGCGACGACGACGACGGAGAUGAUGGACGCCGAGGACACGUCCAUGGAGGUCGAGCAGGACGGGGGAUCGGGAGGAUCCCACCUCGCCGCCGCCGGCGAGGCGCCCUACUACCAGUGGCCGCAGCACUGCAUGGCGCCGCCGCCGCAGCCGCCGCUCCCGGCGGUGAGCUACCAGCCGAGCCCGGUGACGUGGUCAUGGUGAAGCGCGUGACGCACGCAACGCACGCUGUUUGUAGAUUGUAGUACCAUAGACACACUGGUGGGCUUUCAUGGCGGUCUUUGGCUUUCAUUUGCUUCCUGCUCGUGUAGUUUUUCCUCGUUUUGGCAGCGCAGUGGAGACUGAGCAGGAGUUGGAGUGAGAAUCGAGAUGAGAUCGUACGUGGUGUUCUUCUCUUUCUGUAGGAGUAGUAUUGUCCUUGAUCAGUUCAUCGAUCAGUGGAGAGGGGAAUGGUGUAUUGGUGGUGAACUGGUGAUUACGCGGAGUUUUGUUCUGCUUGUACAUGGUCAGUGUGGUACUGGUACGGUUGACGCCUCGACGGUCGUUUUUUUAAAAAAAAAAUCGUACGUGCUGAUAUUUUUGCUGCCAGAGCUUGUAACGUGAAAGUUGAAACUGAUAUACGGGUACAUAGACUGUAUGGGUGGUAAGAUUAUGAAUGUUGACUUCACAAUGCUCUUGCUAAGAAUUUCUCCGCUAUUCA